AUGGCGACAGAGCAUGCGAUUAUCAGUGAACCGAUGGAGCUACCAUCGCUCCCGCCCAACCAGGGCCUUGAGGCGAUAAAAGAUAUCAUAUUUGGAUCGUCGGCAGGAAUGGCAGGCAAACUCUUUGAGUACCCUUUUGACACAGUCAAGGUCCGACUACAGUCACAGCCCGAACACCUCCCUCUCCGAUAUGCAGGACCAGUGGAUUGUUUCCGUCAGUCUUUUCAAGCCGAUGGUAUCCGGGGACUAUACAGAGGCAUUAGUGCCCCCAUGACCGGUGCUGCGGUGGAAACCAGCUGUCUCUUCUUCAGUUAUCGUCUCAUUCAGGAUACGCUGCGCGCAACGGUCUACCCAGGCGUUGAGCACCUACCAUUCUUCGCUCUCAUCGCUUGUGGAGCUCUAUCCGGCUCGGUGACAUCACUGGUACUUACACCUAUUGAACUGGUGAAGUGCAGGAUGCAGGUGCCCGCCGAGACCUCAGCCCUCAAGCCCAGUGGCCCCAUGGCCAUCAUUGCAGGCAUUUUCCGACAUGAAGGGCUGGCAGGGUUCUGGCGUGGCCAGAUGGGAACCUUGAUCCGCGAAACCGGCGGAAGUGCAGCGUGGUUCGGCGGAUACGAGGGCGUAUCGUCGCUUUUCCGCAACUAUAACAACAAGUCGAAGCCGCAAUUGACCUCCGACUCGCUCCCCAUCCACCAACAAAUGAUCGCAGGAGCAACGGCUGGAAUCAGCUACAACUUCUUGUUCUACCCGGCCGAUACAAUCAAGUCCCGCAUGCAGACUGUAGACGUCUCACGACUGCCGAUCCAUGCCCAGCAACAGACCUUCUGGGGCGUGAGCAAAGCUCUAUGGAAACAGCAAGGGCUCAAGGGCAUGUACCGCGGGUGCGGGAUCACCUGCGUACGCUCGGCACCCAGCUCAGCCUUCAUUUUCACUGUUUAUGAAGGAUUACGGCAAUAUUUCGGAUAA